AGGAAACCGUGAUGGACGCUUGUUGGCGAUAAACAAUGCCUCGAGGGAGUCCAUUCCGUGCUUGCUCACCAGCGGGGCGGCUGGGUUCAGUGCUGUUGCUUCGGUUUUGCAUGACGACCACAACAUCAUGGAUUGCAGGCACAGUCCUACCUUCAGUUGUCCUAGCAGAAAGGCAACACGAGCAGCCCUUACCGCCUGAUAGGUCGAUAGAUCCGGACACUGGCCGUGAUGAGGAGACCGGCAAAUUUGACGCGGAACGAAUCGAUAUAGCGUGUCAAUAUGGUGGAAUUCAGAGUGGACCGAACUUUAUGACGUAUCGAAAGAUGAAGGAACACUAUGACGACUACUACGCUUCCGGAGCUCAGUUGUACGUCGGAGGCCUGAAGCAAGUCAUCUACGAAAUUCGAAGUACUGCAAAAAUUUGAUUUUGAAUGAUUACGAUGAAGUAGGCUCGACGACGUUAGCAAGGCAAAAGAAGAUGCACACCCUACCAUCAUCAGGAUCUUCCAGUUUUGUUUAUCCCCACUUUACGCUGUACUCCCCCGAGUUCCACUGAAUGGUAGCCCCUUUACCUCUUGACUAGGUAAAUCAAUCAAUCAGUCAAUCAAUCAAUCAAUCAAUCAAUAUCGCGUUCGAAUAUCAUUGGUAGCUGGGUUCCUUAUAAGCACUUCGCCAACCUACAACCUUUUUCCGUCAAUCGAGAAAGUUGAACAUCCACCUCGUCUCUUCAGAGAUCAUCAUCGAUGUUUGUCCGUUGAUCGUGCUACAAACACUUGCCCUCGAGAUCGAAAACACGAUGGCAAUCACAUACACUGAUGCCUACUCCGAACUUGUGGUACAACAGAAGAGACUGAAGAAAUCAGCCUCAGACGUUAUGGAAUUCAACUCCCUGUAUUGGGAAGUGCAGAACGAUGUGGGUGAAGCUGCGUUCUUGGAGUUGUUGAAUUAUGGCUGGUGGUUCUGGCUAGGUUUGGGCGUUUUUGGUCUCGUCAGGUGGAUGAAGAUGAGAAAGUGAAUACUUCUACAUGCGGAACAAUUCUGGUGGAAGUAUGAGGCAUUGGAUCUCAUUUUCGUUUGUCAUCGUAUCUAACGGAAGGAUCUCAUUAUUCUUGUUUGUCGACUGUUGACUUGUCUAUUCUAAUCUCCCGGUUGGAACAUCGUGCAUGGUUGGGAACGUGGGGAUCGCUACCGUAAGUGGUUUCAAGAAGACAUCCAGGCAGGACGCGAGGCCUAUGCUGACCAUCUCGGUUUAAGGCUAAUGCGAUGAAUUCAUCUCUUCUACAGUACAGACAGUGAUCCUUCAGCCGUCAACGUCAUGGUAAUACGCAAUGGACAACAUUCAACAUCUACAGUAUCUAUAUAUAGAGUAAGUAAAAUAUCGGGUUUCGAGUUACUCGAGUUGCAACGAGUUGCUCGAGUUGCCGAAGCGAAGGGCUUCAAUUCUUGAACGAGUUGGCACGAGUUACCGGAAGCCAUCCGCUUCACCGGGAUGCGGCGCAGCAGGGCGGUAUGGGCACGGUUGUGGCUGCGCGAAGUGAAGAGGUGGCUGCUUUUGUUGUUGCUCUCUCAUGAGAGGGGCGGCCGGUUGUGAAGGGCUCCCCAGCGAGCCCCCCCGGCUUUUUUUCUUGUUGCGUGUGGGCGCGCGUUCGAAGCACAGCCAGGCACUAAGGGGCCGACGGCUUCGCCUCGUUGUUUUUGUUUGAGGGGAGAGAGUGUCGCUGUGGCUUGUCGUUGGGUCGGUGCCAGUCUCUCCCUUUUUUCUUCGGAUGUGUUCGUGGCCAGUGCGUCUCUUUUGGGACUGGGAGCGAGUUCUGGUUCUCGCCUGCUUUGGAGAACGGCCCACUCAGCCGAGGAAGCAGGUAGAGAAGAGUACGUGGCGGAUGCCUUGCGUGUUUGAUCAAGUGGCUGGGAGGAGUUCCCGAGCUGAGGGUGGUCACUCACUCUCGUCGUUGGUGCGCAUUAAGAAGAAAACCAGGGAGCGGAGGCAUGUCGUUGAAUGUCGUAUGCUCUUGCUAAGGUAUCCAAGAGUCUCACAAAGCUGCGCCCGAAGGGCGCCGCGCAAAAAAUUACGGCGAGCAACUCGAGCAACCCGAGCAACCCGAGAAACUCGACCCGUGACGGGCCAAAAAAUUCCUGAUUCUACUAUAAAUAUCAAUAUGUAUAUUCUUCAGGGAUCAUCUCCGCAGGGAUGAACUCUUCGUGUGAGCGCUAAUCUGGACCGGCGUGAACAAGCAAGGCAAUUUGACAGACCAAGAAUUUGCAGAUUACUACCACGCUUCGUUUAGAGAAAUAGCAGAGAUUCUUGAUGGUGGUGGAGGCUUUGGAUUGGGGAAAGUGAUGAAAGCUAGUACUUCUACAGGAGAGAACAGUGAAGGCUCUGGACAGAAUGCAGAUGCAACUCCUGAGCAGCCAACUGACCCAACGCGUGGAUGGGAGGUGGUCAUGAAGGGUGGAAUCCAACAACAACUGGAAGGCGAGCUUCCACCUGGUGCGACUUUUAAGCCGGGGUUGGAAUGAUAUGGCUUGGAUUUUUUACAAUCAAGAACACAAAUAAAUUAUUAAUUAUCCUUCACCUUCCACGACCAGGACCACGCUUUGCUCGUCUUAAUAGAAGACGACAGAAUCAGAAUUAUCAGAUAAUUACCACAGUUACGUCUCUGGUUGAAAUUCUUCUUGUCAAAUCUACUCUUCGUGGUAGUCUAAUCAAAGUGGCCAAUCCGUGGCACCCUGAUUGCCUUGAUGCGAUAUGGCGCAAGUGGUGCGAGGGAGCUGGGAGAGCAUCCGGACUUCCUGGAGAACGAUAUUGACAUCGUUAUUGCGGUAGAUGACGAGCAAGAAUGGUCGACGUUGCAGAAAGCUUUGACUUUAUGUGGUCGUGAUUGUGAAAGUCUGGAUAUAAGUGUAGACGUAAAGCAUUUCGUAUUCCCCUUUUAGAACAAGAACUAAAAGCAAGGUUGAACUUGAAAUAGGACAAAACUUGAGCCUCCUCGAAUCAAUUCUGCUCUCGUUCAUCAACUUCAAGCUCUAAUCCCCUUGGUCUUCGAAAGAUGGUCCAGCGACGUGAAGUGUUUCGUGAAGUCGACGGUGCAACCGCAUGAAGGUGUCUGGGCUGCUCGUGAGGUCGAUGAUUUCUAUCAUGGACGUCGUCACGCUUUGAUGAAAACAAGUGAGACACCAAUGGAAGAACUCCUUUCCGGACGAAAGAAGAAGGAAAGUCGACCGCCUCUGCCUGGUGCUAGUCGUGGAACUCCUGCUCAAGAGGGAGAGGAGUCUUCUAACGUCGUUGAGGCAGCUGGAGAAGUAGAGUCGAGUGAGCUUGCUGCAAGUCUAGGAUUGUCAGAGGGAGAGUCUUCCUCUUCUACUGAGGAAGCAGAUGCAGAUGCUUCUUCUCUCCCUCUCGACGACCAAGCAACUGAAGAAAGUGGCGGUUUACCAGUCGAGUAUUUUCGGAAGGACUUGCUUUACUGUAUCCGCAAGAAGCCUGCUACCUUGUUGAUCGAUGUAAACUCCUACAUCAAGGACAAAGAACGCAAUAUCGGGUAUGGGCAUCGGACGUAUCGGAGUCGAGCGGCAGCAGUGUCGAUGAGCGACGAUGUGCAGAUCAAUCUGAAAAAUAUGGUUUCAGAAGGGCUUGUUUUGGCGCCGAUGCAACAGAACAACAAAAAGGAUGUUGAGGGUGGUCAGCAUGAAGAAGCGAGUGAGCAAACGACAGACGAGAACAAUGCCCAAGAACAAGCUCCUUCGCCGCGUCCCACCAACGAGCAACAAGAAGGACAACAAGAGUUUUCCGACAUCGUCUAUGAAACCGACCUACCUCUACAAAGGGAGGGCGUUUCUUUACAGCCCAAUUCCAAGGGUGGAAUCAUACCUCUGGCACACAUGCACGACUUUGGAACCACGAUAAAGGACCGCGAAGACUUUGUCAUCCAUCCUUGGAUGGGCGCAUUUCGGAAUUUGGGAACCGAUUUCAUGACCUUGCAGGAAUUGGCACCAAGUAAACAAUGCAGGGUUUUGUUAUGAUUGGAUCAUUGUGUAUGUGCUGCUGCUGUUCUUCUUCUCGUUUGAUACUUAUUUGAUCGAAUUUUUUUUUGUGCUUGUUGUCCGUCAUAACCUACCCUGUCACUGAUGAAGAUGUUGUUCCUCGUGGUCUUGCAGUUUCAUUGUCCAAUACGAACGCAGCACUUGUUUCUAACUCUCGACUUCAAGGUCGCUUGUCCUGCCGCACCAGGACGUACACUAGAAGCCAUGCUUAUCGAGGAUGGAGAGGAACGAAGUUGUUUCGCUCUGCCUGGAAACAAGAGGCUGAUCACUUGGAAAGAAGCCGAUUGGAUGCGGUUUUUAGACUAUCAGGAUGAGCUCAGAAACGACAAGGUUCUGCACAUGGGACCCUACUUGUGGGGAAGAGAAGCAUGUAGAGCGCAAAUAGAACGGUGGACGAUGGGCAGAAAUCUGACUAGUGGUCCUUCUCCUGAAGAAGAAGAUUCUACUUCUGAAAGUGGUUCACAUCAGGCUCAAGAAUCUUUUAGUAACGAAGAAGAGCAAGAAGAGCAAGACUGUGUGCCUUGGAGUGGCAACUUUUUUCCAACUGUUUAUGAGAGAAUACGUUCAAUGCAUGAAAAGUGGUAUUCUUCUGAUACCUACAGUUGAU